AUGUUCAUCGACUCUCUUUCCCUGAGGGUACCUUCCACAGGCGUCCAAUAUGGUGUGCGCGCGCAAAUAUGGUGGGUUGCAUGUGCAAGAGAUGUGUCGCCGUGUACAUCUGGUUUGUUGCGACUAUCUAACAUUUUUAACCUGAACAAUUGGAUCAUCCAGCAAACCACACGAAUUACACCGGUCCUUCGAUUUGAUGCAGGCCUAUGUGCUGGAGAAACGAACUCCGAGCUUGUCUGUGGCGCGCGUUUUUCCCUCGGUAGGAGCUUUCAACGUUCUGAAAUUUCUGUUGAUGCACAGUUGCGUGCUUAUGCCGAUGACAAAGUUGUAGUAGGAGCAAUAUUCGUCGGUCUUUUGCCAAGGCAAGUUAGCCUGUAUAUUGCGCCGGUGAUUGAAGCUGGUCUCAUCUCAGUGAAAGGGAUUGGAGUCGUAGAUCGUUGCGUCGGUCUUGAAAAGCCCAAUAAUGCAUGCUCAUUUCAAUCCUGCUUCGAUGCACGAUACGAUGAAUCCAGUCAACAAAAGUCAGUGGAAAUAUAUGCUGAGCCACGUUGCUGUGAAAACCUUAAAGAUCUUUUGUCGAUAAUAUACCCAGAGUUGUGUGCUGCAGCAGCUCUCGCUCAGCAGCGCAAACGAGCUGCAAAAGAUAUGCUUAUCAGCCGGCUAGUUACUGGCAUUAGAUUCGCCAAAAAUGCAUCUGAUCAAGGUUUAGAUCUAUUCUCUGCACAUGAACAACUUAUUCUAAAUGAAUUCUCUGAAAGCUCAAGGGCUGCAAAAUAUCUUGCUGUUCGUCUUCUGCAGCGCAGAACUCCCCGGACCAGAAUAUCAUCCAUUAAAAUGUACUUCGAAAGUCCAAAAAUCCAGUCUGCCGUCGAUGAAUUGAUUGAUCGUGGCCUUGCUUUCAGCAGUUGUUGUGUGUCGAGACACUAUACGACUGCUGAUAUCAAAGCAAUAUGUGAAUCGUUGGCACGGGAUGAACUGACCCAGUUUGCUGAUUAUGUGCGAAAUAACUUACCAAGUUCGAGGGGAAGCAUGAUCGAUAUGAUCACUCAUGCGUCCACAGAUGGUGGGGCACGAUUUGGUCAUUGUUCUUCCACAAAGAUCUUAUACAAGAUAAAAGGAGGAAAAGGGGCAGACAUCGAGCUUAAUGGGAUCGCAGAUAUUAUUGGAGUUGCGUCCUCUUUGAAACGCACUCUUCGCACCGUUCUUCUUUUCCUGUUCUUGCAACGAAGUGGGAUAGAUUGGCUUAUGAUCGAAGACAUCCGGGCAACACGUUUCACUUUAUUUGACAUGCCCAUGGAAACCUUGGCAUCAACAUGCCCUGCACCAGCAUUUGAUAUCAGCUCAAAUGGGAAGCAGAAAGUAAUAAUGACCACAUGUGUAAACUCAGUCUGCACCUCGGCUCCAGCUUUUGCAGCUUUUGCUGCUCUCUGUGAAAAAAGUACCGCUCUUGAUUUGGCUAGUGAAGCAGGAGAUAGUUCUACAGUUUUUAGAAUUUUGAGCCAUGAUUUUCUUCCACAUUUUUUCUCAGCCGGGCAUCAAGACUUCAUCAAAAAAGUUGUCUGUUCGACGUCUUUUCAUAUUGUGAAUGCAAUAGUGACGUACAUGUGUCUCCUUGAGAAACACGGGUAUUACGAAAACGCAACUGUUGUUCUUGUAAAAAGUAUACUCAGUGUUUUUCAUCCUAAAAACCAAAGUUUAUGGCUGGUGCACACAAGCUCAAACUUGAGCAGAAUACAUGCCAGGAUUAGAGACGCUUUAGAAGUUAACCUCAGCGUGCUUAGAAAUCCGUUGCUGCAUUAUGGAGUCGGACCAGUUCUGCAACAACGCGUUAGACGGCUUGCACGGCUAUGCAAUCACACUUCACAACUUCCCGAGUCGUUAUUUGUCGAUGUAGAAACGGUUCUUCGAGUAGACAAUAUUUGUGCUCGUGCUUUGAAUGCGAAUGCCAAAGAAAAGAAACGAUAUGCUUCACUCAGAGUUGGAAUGGGUCGUGUUUCUUUGACGGUGGAGGAUCUCGCUCUCUUACAUUAUGCCGGUGAUGACUGUGGAAAUUGGCGGGGUGUGCAUGUCGAGUCUCGUUUCUGGACAAUGUUAUUUUCGCUCCUCUUUGCAGAUGUUAUAUUCAUGCCUGUCGUUGGUGCAUUUCGUUCACCUUUCCAAUCAACACCUUUUGACAUGUACACUGCUAACUUCACUUCGGUUAGGCUUUCUGCCAUAAAUCAACGUCUGGCGUCGAUCCGAAGAGGUGACUCCAGGACUAUCAUCAUCAGAUCAUGGUCGGCACAUUUCGGAAGGAAAAUUUCUGGUAUUUUCUGGCAUCUGCUGAGGAUCGAGGACCUUUGCGAUAUUCUGGAUGGAAUCGGCGGCAUGGCUAUCCAUUAUAUGAUGAAGUUAUUGAUGUUGGACUACAGAGUUUGGAGUAUUGGAGCUCCUGAUCUUAUCUUGUGGAGAAAGACAACAAAUUCAUCUGCAGAAGUAAAGUUUGUCGAGGUAAAAAGUAGUAACGAUCAUUUGACCGAACGGCAGCAAGCGUGGUUGUCUGCUUUGUACGAGGCCGGGGUAGAUGUAGCCAUCUGCAAGGUUUCGUCAUAA